AUUCAAAGUGGCUACAUUGCUGAAGGUUGAGUUCUGGUGUUUUUCAUCUUGCCUCUGCACUUUCGUUUUCGGUACCGUAGUGUACACCAUUUCAUAAUCGUAGAUAUCAAGCUCCAAGAUGUCGGAACGAUCAGAGGAACGACGACGUGAAGAAGCGGGUGCCCAGGAAGCUCGGGACACUGGUUCUAUUCUGAAUUUUAUGUCUGCCAGAAAAAUUGGCACAGCAAUGUGGGUGAUGAGAUUAUACACAAUUUUCCUCAGUAUUCAAUACAUGUUUUUCUGCAGUGCAUUCGAUAUGGGACAAUAUUUUCAAAGAGCGAUGCUUUCUAAUGGUGUAAUAUGUGCAUUGCGAUUACAUCAAAGAAUUCCAGAUUUUCGUAUGACUCGCCAACAUUUUGCUCAGAUGAUGGUAGAAGACAGUGCUCAUUAUCUUAUGUAUUCUCUCAUAUUUUUGACAAGUCACCCUAUAACAAUUGCUCUGGUACCUGUUACGGUUUUUGCUCUUCUUCAUGCGUGUAGUUUUACAAGACAAAUGUUAGAUGUUCACGGACCUAAUUCAUAUCCUGCUCUAAGAAAAAUUAUCAACCACGUUGCUCGACAUCAAGCUACAUUGUUUCGUUUCAUAGCAUUGAAUGAAAUUUUGAUCAUGCCAACAACGAUAGCUAUGAUCUUUAUAGGAAGAACUACAAUAUUGGCACCAUUUUUAUACUACAAGUUUUUGACAUACAGAUAUUUAUCGAGAAGAAAUCCAUACUGCAGGCUAUCAUUCUAUGAACUGAGACUGGCUCUUGAAAAUAUGUGUGCAAGUCAGAACUGCCCAUCUAUCCUCAGAUCAGCAGUUUUCAAACUUAUCAGUUUCUCAUCUCGUUUGGCACCACCUGCUGCUUCAUUUCAGAAUCAAACACAAACUCCGCCUGAGGCAGAAGAACGAUCUUCGUAACAAUAGUUCUGUCCACCUUAUUUUCAUUUUCAACGUGUUUUUGAAGUGAUGUAUUUUGGGUGACAUGGGAACUGAUUGUAUUUUCCAUGGCUCACAGCCCCUCAAGCUUAUUUGACAAGUGACAACCAUUCUUGUUUGUAUUUAUUUAUUUAUUUUUGAUUUAUGUCUUGGAUUAGUUGUAGACAACUAAAUACAAGUUGAUGUGUUAAUAUUAUACUUUCAUACACACACCAACAUGUUUUGGCAUGAUGGAGUGCUUCUCCAGAAACAAACUUCAUUCUUGAUUUUGAAUGGUCACGCCUUAACAUUUCCCAAAUGUGAUCAUUUCAGUACAAGUGAUGCAGCCAUAUUCGGCAAGGUAUUGUUUGGUAUCAGAGGUAAUUUGUUCAGUUUUUUCAAUGUAAUAAACAGUUGUUUAAAGCUAGUAUCAGUUACCUUAUGGGUAUCACAUGACCUAGUAAACAUGCAAUUAUUUCUUUAAAACAUUAGGUGUGACUGAACAGAUUUUGAAAGCUAUUGGCUCAGGUGCACAUUGUUAUUCUUUUAUCUUCUAGUCUGAAAAAAGUAUUUAAAAUUUAGGUGUGGAAAAUGAAUUCUUUAGUGUGAUAGAUUUUUUAAAAUGAAUAUUGGCCAGCUAUGCCUGGUGGUGUGCCGGACUAGUGAACUAUUUUUUUUAUGUCUCCUUAGUUCAAUUCUGAAUAAUGGUUGGAAUCGGUGCUGCUCAUUUAUUCCUAUUUUAUUAUUUUAUCCCAAAUUCAGGCAGAUCAUUGUGCAUCUGAUAUCUAUGAAAGGUUUGAAACAUUCAGUUUUGCGUCUUUGUUUUUGUAUUUAUGUUCCAGGAUUUUUUUUAUUUGUAUGUUUGAGAUAACAAUUUGUUAUGCAUGAA